AUGGCCCCCGUUACUCUUUCCCACCGGCGGACGCAUAAUCUGCUCUUGAUCUCGAAACUGCUGAGCCUGCGGGACUCGGCGUCGCCCCUCACGCUCCUCUUGGACUCGCUAGAGCAACCGGCAACACCUCUGAUUCAAGAAUAUCUUAGACGUGCGAAACUCUCCAAAGCCCACGUCACUCUUAUUGCCUUUGAAACCCUGAAGCAACCCGAGGGGGUAGAUGCCUUUGUAUCGGCUCGUCGGAAGAGCGCGGGUGAUAUCUUCAAGGAGGUGGGCGCGGCUUACCAACCUGCCGCAGCCACCAACCCGUCACGAAGGCACCUCAUUAUAAUUGAUUCCAUCAACCCACUAUUGAACUCCAAAAGAGCCGAUCCGGGGUUCCAUCUCCCCUCAUUUCUCAGCUCGUUCCUAGCUCCGACGUCUCCAUCAGCACCGAAGGCUGGCGCAUCGCUCGUGGUAACAUACCACCAAGAUGUACCGGAAACUCCUCCGCAAAAUCCUUACUCCCCAGCACCACUCUCUGUCCUAACAUAUCUCGCCACAAGCAUCAUCACUCUGCAUUCCUUCGCCCAUAUCCUGGCUCAAAAGGCCGCCCGUGACCGCAGCCUGGCUGCCCCGGUCUUUGGGUUGGAUGAAGAGCAGGAUGGGGUUCUUCUUGGCCGAUCAGAUAAAUUGGUUGGCACCAGGACAGCAGAGGGGAUUGUACUUGAGCUGGAACACCGGCGGAAGAGUGGGCGCGGCGUCCUGGAAUGGUAUCUGCUUCCGCCUGAAUCGCGAUAUUCGCCCCAGCAAGUGAAAGAGGUUGUGACUCUCCUUGACGAUAACCCGCUGUACAAUCCUCCCACGGAGCCGGAUCGUGAUGCGGGCGACGAAGAGCCCGCAAUCGACCAGGGAGACGGUCCAGGCGAAGGAGGGCGGAUUCUAUAUGACAUGGGCGAGGAGGAUGAUUUUGACGAAGAAGAGGAUGAGAUCUAG